UCGUGAUCGCGAACAACGUCCAUGUGAAAUUAAGUUUGUCAAAAUGAACGUCUAACUUGUAGAUCGAAGUCUAGGAAAUUAACAGACCAAGCCGGUGAAUGAUUGAACAGAAGACCGAUGAUUUAAAAAAAAUCAAACCGUGAACAGAUAAACAAUAUAACUGACGAUGCAGUCCAGAAAUCGUUUGUUGUAUCUCCUACAUCAAACCCUCCACCAUGGAAGGCUUCAGGAAGUUUACGGUACCAGUAGAGGAAAAUCAUUUGAAAGAAUCUGUACCUGUCUCCAUGACAACUCUUCAUUUCAAAGAUUACAAAAUUUGGGCACAAAAUCAAGACAUUUCCAUUUGACUGCUUGCAUAAAAAGUAUAGAUGAUUACAGUUCUACAGAUAAGGUGGAUUCAACUCUGAGUGAUGGCUCUGAAACAAAAGAGAGUUAUCUUGAAGCCAGGAGAAAAGGUGUCCUGAAGGGCAGACGAAAACUCUCCCCAAUGGAAAGAAUCGGUGGUAUGAUAAUGGAUAACCCUGAAACUGAGGAAAGAACUCAAAAUCAGAAUAUUACUAGUGACUCCAAAACUUCUGGUAUCAGGGAUUCCAAAGAUGUUAUCAAUGCUGAUGAAAUAAAGUCAGCUCAGUUAUGUGACUCCAGUCAUGUGCAAAGAUUUAGAACAUCAGUAGAUGGUGAAACUUCUGUGAAAGUGAGUGACUUUGAUAAAGCCCAGCACCAUGGGCCUCCUCUCGUAGAUGGAGAAUACAUCAUUAUCACCCGAGAGAACUUGAAGAGGCAGGAGAAACUUGUUCGCCUGAUCAAGCUUGAUGCCUCCCAUGACUUCAAGUGCAAGUUUGGUAACCUACGGCAUGCAGAUAUCGUCGGACAUCAGAGUGGCAGUGUCUUUGUGACUGACAUUGGUAUUGAGCUUCUGAUUAGGAGACCAAGUCUGGAUGAGUAUGUGCUCUACAUGAAGAGGCAUCCAACCAUUGCAUACCCAAAGGAUUGCUGUACAAUGCUAAUGAUGAUAGAUGCUUAUCCUGGUGAUGUGGUCUUAGAAGCGGGUUCAGGGUCUGGAGCUAUGACGUUGUUCCUUUCAAGAGCAGUUGGACACCAUGGCCAAGUUCUUUCCUUUGACAGAGAACGGAACCAUCAGGUCAGAGCGGAGAAGAACCUCAGACUAUGGCAGAACUCCUAUGACAUCAGCCAUGAAGUCAAGUGGCCCCAGAAUGUCUUAUUUUACUCCUGUAGAUUGCAGGACUGUGGAGAAUAUAUCAAAGAUGCUCAAGUGGAUGGGGCAAUCAUUGAUAUGGAGGAACCUUCCAGAGUGAUGUCUACUAUGUCUCAAAGACUUAAGCCAGGGAAGGCAAUGGCUGUGUAUGUGGCAAAUCUGACCAUGGUGAUUGAGAUAGCUGAAGCCAUUCGCAUAGAAAGACUCCCCCUGUUCAUCGAGACUACCGUAGAAGUCACCCACAAGGAAUGGGUUGUAAACCCAGCCAGGCGGUAUGGAGGGGUUGUUCUGCAAGACCCAAAGGCAUCCGAAGAACAGGAUUGUGGAAAUGAGGUGUUAGGAAAAAGCAAAGGAGUGCAGUACAUUGCAGAUGAAAUACCCAAAUAUCUUGCAAGACCACAUCAUAUUCAACCCUCUCACACAGCAUUCUUGGUAAAAAUUAGGAAAACAAGGAAAUCAUCGUCGACAUUCAAGGUUUGAAACUAAAAAUGGACAAUUAACAACACAAGUUAGCUUUAUAAUUGUUUAAGUUUCUGAUAUAAAUCUAUUUUUAAUCUUUGAUACAUAAACAUACAAAUAUUUCAAAAAUUCAUAAAGUUUAAUAAAUAAAUUUAGCACAAAAUCAUUUUGACAAAUAUAUACAAAAAAAAUACAGUAUUGAAAUUAAAUUUUGUCAGUUGAUAACUUUGUGUGCAGUAAAACAUUUCAAUAAAUAAACCAUAUUCUAAUUACAUGUACUAACAAUGAGAAAGAAAUCAAUUUCUGGAUUAUAAAGAGCAAUAAUUUGAGGAGAUUAAUAAAAGGUUUAAAACAGUCAUUUCCAAGUAUUAGUUAAAAUCAAGCAUUUUCAUUGCGACUUGCAGGUUUAUUUUCAUUCAUCAAUUUAAAAAGUGGUACAUUGAACUCUAUGAACAGAAUAUAUAGUUUAAUUCUCCACUUUGGUGGUAAUUGUGAAAUUCAUGUGAAAAUUAAUAAAUUGCCGAUUUUAAAUAAGUA